CCAAAAGAAACAUUUCCUCUUCGUUCGGCAAAUUUGCUCUCAACAUUUUCUUUAUUAUUCUCUUUGAGUGUCUCCACUUCACAACAUGGCUUUGAAGACGGUAUUUGUUACUUCUAUGCUUCUCCUUGCCAUCUAUUCGCAAACGACGCUAGGGCACGAAGUGAAGUGCGAGAAUCUGGAUGAAGACACGUGCGCCUUCGCAGUCUCGUCGACAGGAAAGCGCUGCGUUUUGGAGAAGAGCGUGAGGAGGAGUGGGAUCGAGGUGUACUCGUGUCGAUCAUCCGGGAUAGAAUCGGACAAGGUCACAAACAUAAUUGAAUCAAACGAGUGCAUUGAAGCGUGUGGUCUAGACCGCAAAUCUUUGGGUAUAUCUUCGGACGCAUUGUUGGAAUCUCGGUUUACACAGAAGCUCUUUGAUACCGUAGUAAUUGUUUGUACCGGGGAUUGCAUUAAACCGUAG